AUGGUGGACUCUAGUUCAAUAUGGCAAAUUCCGGAACGGCCCAGACACCAUCUGUGCAGCACCUGCGAGAAGUUAGAUCUAGAAAGGAAGUUCGGCAAUGAAAUACAAGAACAGAUCAUCGGUUAUUUUUCCGAGUACAAAGAUCUUAGCUGCCCAUUCUGCAUUCUUGUUUCCAGGGCUAUCGAACGUGCGUGGGGAACUACUAAAGUUUCGUGUCGUAUCUUCAUCCAGAGUCGAAGUCCAUUAUCCGUUAAGGAAAACGGGCACAUUCACCAUCCCCAACCCAGGUUGCUAGUCGCCACUGAUCAGAAGCCGCCCGAGUUUCAUGAUAACAGAGUUCCCCUUAGACAAAUAGAUCGGGUACGAAACCGGUUUAUAAUCGCCGAGAUCGAACGUUUACCGAGCGAAUCGGAGUUGAACUACCUCCCUCGGCUGGAAGUUGGAACCCGGCUCAACAUCGCGCUUCUAAAAAGUUGGUUGAAGGAAUGUCAGAAUCACGAGCAUUCGAAGCUAGCUAUAGAACGAGGAAGCAGUGGUCUAUUCCAGUCUCAACAUCCCUUCCGUCUCAUCGAUGUCAUUCAAGAGUGUCUAGUGCAGAAGGAUACGAGAUGCGACUAUGUAGCACUAUCUUAUGUCUGGGGUCGACGCCCGACUCUCCAAUUCCCUGGCCAAAACGAGCGAGAAGUGCCAAUCCUCCUUAGUCUUCAAGAUAAUGUGAAAGAGCUGAGUGUUUCUAUGGGAUUAUCCAAGUCGAGGCCGGAGACACGGAAAACCGGAAGGAUACCCCGGACCAUCCGCGACGCUAUGGAGUUUACUCGACAGAUAGGGAUGAGAUACUUGUGGGUUGACACAUUGUGCAUUGUACAGGACGACCUGGAAGACAAGGCACGGUUAAUAGGGCGAAUGGACGAUGUCUACGACUGUGCCGCUGUAACCAUAAUCGCCGCGGCAGGCUGCGAUGCGGAUGCCGGGUUAAGGGGGGUUAGUCCACGGGCAGGUCAUCCUCUCAAACCAACGAAGAUUAUCGAUGCAUCAGAUGGAUCAGUUCUCAAUAUUUCAACAUGCUUACGGUCUCUAUGCGAGGAAGUGCGAAGUGCGACUUGGAAUACGCGAGGUUGGGUUUUCCAGGAACAGUCGCUGUCGCAGCGCUGUCUUUACUUCACAGCCGAGGAAGUCUUUUUCAACUGUCGCGAAGCGCAGUGGAGAGAAGGAUACAACUAUGCACGGAAAAUAAACGCGCAUGUAGACAUCGAUAUAAGGACAGGGCCGCCGUGGUGGACGAGGAAUCUCAGGAGGGAUCUUGAUCCAACACCAUACCAUUAUCUCGGGGAUGUAGGUGGAAAAUUAGAUAUCCAGGCCUUUCAAACAGCAGUUCAAGAAUACAGCCGAAAGAACCUCACAUACGCGCAUGAUAUACUUAACGCGUUCGAGGGCAUAUUUAAUAGGUUCAACGGACAUAGAGAUGUCUCGGAGUUAAGUAUUCGUCAAGCACAAGGAAUACCUCCUCAUUUAUUAUACCAGGCGAUCCUCUGGUUUCCUUAUGGCAAGCCUGAGAAGCGCCCAUGUCAAUCUGAACAGAAAGCUGACCAAUUUUCAACAUGGUCAUGGGUGUAUUGGACGGGUCCCGUUGAGUUUGUCUUUGUUGAUAGCCUUUGGCUAUCUCGAAACAUUUCCCAAGCCCCUAUCAAGCGAGUGCCUAUCUACGUUCCUAUUAUAUGCUGGUAUUACGGAGGCUCGAAAAAGCAGUUCUGGACCAGAGAUGUCUGGAAGACUAUCUGCGAAACUCCGAAUCAUGCAACCAAGAAGACUACCGAAGAAUUUAGGCAAACAAAGCACUAUCUCAGUCGCAUUGGGAUGGAUACCGAUGUAUUGCUGGACUGGUCGCGUAACACACAGCCGCCCGAUCUUGACUGUGGUGAGCUUGGAUUUGUUGCGCCUUAUUUGAACGCGGGGCAGUUUGAAGUAACGACUGCGAAAGGCGAGCAUGUCUGGAUUCUAAAAGUGUCUUCUCAUCAAGGCCAGUUUAGGUUUGAUGGUAGAGUCGAGGCAAUCGACGAACUUGUCGUUAUUGUUGCUGCCAAUACUAUUACCCAGCCUCCCGACACACAGUCGAUUCUAUUAGGUCUGACUACGCGGGAUGGCGUUUCAAGGAGAGUGGGCAUUGGGUAUAUAUACUAUUCCAAGGACACGGAUUUCAUUAAACCGCAGUGGAACUAUAAAUUCUUUAGAAUUCAGUAA